UUCCCUACAUGAACAUACAAAUUUUGAUUUUGGUUUCUCGUUAGAUCUCUGUUUUGAGUUGAAGGAGAUAAAAAGUGUUGAGGUAUGGGUGCUUUAAGUAUGGGAUUGAAGAUGUUGACUUGUGUUCAUAGAGGUUCAGUGAACGUAAGUGUGGAGAAGUCUCAGGUGUGGCAACCUUGUAACAAGAAGAGAUCGUGAGAUUUGUGAGGGAGGGGGAGGGACUGGAACUGAGAACUGAUAAAAGGAAAGAAGAAGAGAGAGGGGAGUGGAGAGAGUGGUUUUUAGAGAAAAUAUCAGAAGAUUCGAAGAUGGCCUCUAGCACUAGUGGCGGCACCACCAGUGGUAGCCGAAGGCGUGUUGGGAAGUAUGAGAUAGGUCGAACACUGGGAGAGGGCACGUUUGCGAAGGUGAAGUUUGCUAGAAAUUUGGAGACAGAAGAGAAUGUUGCCAUUAAGAUCCUCGAUAAAGAGAAAGUUCUCAGGCAUAAGAUGAUCGGUCAGAUCAAACGUGAAAUCUCAACCAUGAAAUUGAUCCGGCAUCCAAAUGUCAUACGCAUGUAUGAGGUGAUGGCUAGCAAGGCUAAGAUAUACAUUGUAUUGGAAUUUGUGAAUGGUGGUGAACUGUUUGACAAAAUUGCUGCUAAUGGUAGGAUGAAGGAAGAUGAUGCAAGAAAGUAUUUUCAGCAGCUUAUAAAUGCUGUGGAUUACUGCCAUAGCAGAGGUGUUUUCCACAGGGACCUGAAGCCGGAGAAUCUGUUGCUGGAUGCAAGUGGAAAUCUCAAAGUCUCAGAUUUUGGAUUAAGUGCAUUACCUCAGCAAGUUCGGGAAGAUGGGUUACUUCACACAACAUGUGGGACACCAAAUUAUGUUGCUCCAGAGGUGAUCAACAAUAAAGGUUAUGAUGGAGCAAAAGCAGACCUCUGGUCAUGUGGGAUCAUUCUUUUUGUCCUUAUGGCAGGUUACUUGCCAUUUGAAGAUUCCAACCUUAUGUCACUGUAUAAAAAGAUCUUUAAGGCGGAAUUUUCUUGUCCUCCUUGGUUCUCAACAAGUGCAAGGAAACUAAUCAAAAAGAUCCUAGAUCCCAAUCCUGCAACGAGAAUUAAGAUUUCUGAGGUGAUAGAGAGCGAAUGGUUUAAGAAAGGAUAUAAGCCACCUGUUUUUGAAUCAGCAGAUGUUUGCCUUGAUGAUGUGGAAUGUGCUUUCGAUGAAACAGGGAAUUCUGGGAAUCUUGUUGUGGAAAGGCUAGAAGAAAGGCCAGUCACGAUGAACGCUUUUGAGCUCAUUUCAACAUCUCAGGGUCUCAAUCUUGGUACUCUAUUUGAAAAGCCAAUGGGACUUGUUAAAAGGGAAACAAGAUUUACAUCUAAAUGCCCUCCCAAUGAGAUUAUCUCAAAAAUCGAAGAAGCCGCCACACCCUUGGGGUUUGGAGUGAAGAAGAAAAACUACAAGAUGAAGCUUCAGAGCUCAAAAACUGGACGGAAAGGCCAGUUGUCUAUUGCAACAGAGGUUUUUGAGGUUGCCCCUUCCUUAUUUAUGGUCGAACUUCGCAAGUCUGCAGGAGAUACCCUGGAGUUCCACAAUUUUUACAAGAACAUAUCAACUGGGUUGAAAGAUAUCAUAUGGAAGGCCUGAAAGGAAGUUAAGUAAAUAAAUGAGGGUGUUGUAAACUGUUCGAUGCAAGUUAAUUGUUCAUAAUUAAGACAGCAGUGUGUGUGCCUGUAAACCAAUAAA